UGACUUUUGUAGGAGAAGAUUACAAACCUUGUCAGGGAAUAUAGCUGGGGAGUUGGAGUAUUGCGAUAAAAUGUUGAAUUGAGUAAUGUUUUUCUGAAUGAGUGCAUGGAUGACGAUAGGCUCCGACUAGAAGACGUUUGAGAAUUAACAAUAUUACAUGAGAGGCAUCUAAAUGGAAUUUAUUUUGUCGAAGAAUGUAAUCCCUUGCGGAAAUACAGGUGGAAUGAAUUUGGACAGAAUCGCAGAGACCGUGAGAUCCCCACCGACGCGCGACAUGGCCUCUACGUUUCACUUGCCGAGAACUGCAAACAACACUCGAGAAACGUUGGAGAACUCAAGCAGCGAGUCAUCAGAUACUGAAAUAACAGAAAAGGAGAGGAGUGUAGAACACAGAAGUGACGAUGGAAACGCGGAUGACCCCAAAAAGAAGAAAGCGAGGCGGCAGAGGACUCAUUUCACCAGCCAGCAGCUGCAGGAGCUCGAGGCCACCUUUCAGCGGAACCGCUACCCCGAUAUGAGCACGAGAGAGGAAAUAGCUGUGUGGACCAACCUCACCGAGGCCAGAGUCAGGGUGUGGUUCAAAAAUCGCAGGGCCAAAUGGAGGAAGCGUGAACGCAACCAGCAAAUGGACCUGUGCAAGAACAGCUACCUGCCCCAGUUCAGUGGCCUCAUGCAGCCCUAUGACGACAUGUAUCCCACCUACACCUACAACAACUGGACGAACAAAGGACUGACCCCGGCUAAUCUGUCCACAAAGAACUUCACUUUUUUCAACUCAAUGAGCCCACUCACAUCCCAGUCAAUGUUCUCAGCUCCUAACUCCAUCUCCUCUAUGACUAUGGCCGGAAGUAUGGGGGGGCACUCGGCUGUACCGGGGAUGCCAACUGCGGGCCUGAACAACAUCAGCAAUUUUAACGGCAUCGGCACCGCUACAAUCAACUCAGCCAUGUCCUCGUCGUCCUGUCCGUAUGGGCCUCCCGGUUCCCCUUACAGCGUAUACAGAGACACAUGUAACUCUAGCCUGGCGACCCUGAGACUGAAAUCGAAACAGCACCCAACCUUUGGAUACAGCGGGUUGCAAAGUCCCGGGUCUAGCCUUAACGCCUGUCAAUACAACAGCUGACGUAUCAGCCGUGAUGAAAAUAAUUUGCGGACAGCUCUAAACCUAGUAGCCUAGCCUACCUGCGAAUGGAGCGAAAGACAACUAAACUGGAUUAGUUGCAAUCAUUUAUUUUUCAAAUGAAUUAUGCGGGUUGUGGCCUAUGUGUUUACCAAUGAACUUGUAGGCUACAACAAUUUAAAUGUCCAUGUUUUUUGGAUUUAAAAGUGAUGAUGAAGAUGUGUUACAUUGCAACGUUGUACAUUAGCCUACAUAAGAAACAGACAAAGGAUCUCCUAUGCAUGUUCGCUUACUUGCUUUGAGGGCUCAAACCCAUUUGAACUGACUUGCAUUGGUCUAAACCAGCGUUUCCCAAACUCGGUCCUGGGGACCCCAAGGAGUGCACGUUUUUUUUUUUGCCCUAGCACUACACAGCCGAUUCAAAUAUUCAACCAAAACCCCCUUGGGGUCCUGAGUACCGAGUUUGGUCAACGCUGGCCUAGGCCCUGUACUCUUGGUCUUGGAUUAGAAACAGUUUGGUAAACUUGGAUUAGAAACCAAGAAGUGCAACACAUAUAACUAGACAUAUCCCGGACUCUGUAGAAGAACAAUUGUAUUGUACAUAGCUCAGACUUUUAUGUUGCUCAUGUGUUUUACCGUUUAUGCAGGGGGUGCCACUGGCCCACCCAAUUGUGUCCUGUUUCUGUAGCAUGACUUUACCUUUAAAUGCUCUGUCUGGAGUAUUUUCGUUUUAUUUGUUUGUUAAAAAUAGAAUUUCUGCAUUUUUAACUAGGGUGCAAAGUGUUUUGUACGAGUUGAUAAUAAUGUAAGAUAAAGCAAAAUCCAUUAUACUGUAUUCAAAAGGUGAUUGAAAAGUAACUUCAUGUGUUUAUGGUAAUAUGUUUGAAUAAACUACAGCAGAAAGAAGUGCAUUUCAGAUAUUAAACGACAGAAAAGGUAUACAUGACAAAACAUAAUAUGGUCCAAGUUUAUGGAAUAAAAGAUAGGAGUGCAAAGUAAACAGCCUAUAAUUAAUUAUUUCAGGGAUGACAACUCAAACCAAUUUUCACCUGCACACAUGUAAACCCCCCUAGAGCACGGCUUCCCAAACCUGACCAUGUAAAUAAAAAAAUUUAAAAAAAAAUUGAAAUAAUUACAAAUGAUAGGCUAACUUUUUAAAAUUAGGGCUAUGAAAGUAUUUUACAAAUCAGUCUGACAGGACCUUUGACAGUAUUUCAAUCUGAAGUAUGGUGGUUUGAAGCGACUGAAAUCAGAAUCAGAAAGGUCUGGGCAAUCAUUUUGUAUGAUAUUCUGUGUAGAAAAUAACAUCCCCUCUGGGCACAGACAUCAGUUCAACGUUCAAAUUUACAUUUGGUUGAGUUGUCAACUAACGUCAAUUCAACGUGAAAUUAACCAAACAUUUCACCAUGUCAUUGAAUUUAUGCGAAAGGUUGGGUAAAACAAAUACGAAAUUCCCUUAGUUGAUGGCUUUUUGAAAAUCCAAUCAGUUUUUCCAGGUUGAUUGAACAUCAUUACAUAUAUUUUUUGGUUGAAAUGACGUGGAAACAAUGCUGAUUCAACCCGUUUUUGCUUUAACCAGGUAUCCAUGCAAAGUAGGCUACAUGUCAGAUAAAAAAAUGUCACAGCAUAUUUGUCGGUAAACUUUCCAUAUGUUGACAAAACUAAAUAAACCUACCUUUAACAAGAUGGGACCUUUUUGUGUAGUUAAAAUUAUUUAUGUGAGAAAUUGCGGUGGUAAGCCUUUAUGCGGAAAUAUUGAUAUAAUAACCAUCAUAUCAAAGUAGACUUGGAGUCAGGAGAUGAUGUGUAAUGUGAUUCUCCCACUAUGACUCGGGAAAGCAUGCAGUUUAUUAGGCUACAUAUUAAAUAAAUUAUGAUAAAUUUCACAGGAUGGUGAAAGUGCACGAUGAUGAGCUUGUGGCAUUUU